UCUCAUUCGCAAUCUUUGUGCAAUCAACAACCAAAAUAGAUUUUCUUGUCUGAAAUUAGAUUCGCGUAACUCCUGAAGACUUCCAGAACCAUCAUCUUGACCAAAUCUUCUUGAUCCCUUACCACCAUGAAAUUUUGGCAACCGUUUGUAUUCUUGGCGGUGACCCGAGGAGUUUUUUCCUUGAGCGCAGACGGCAAACACAGACUCGAAGCUCGAGCCACAAGCGGAGGUCUACCCCAAGUGAAUGACCAGAGUUGUAGCGCUGGAUUGGCUCAUUAUUGCUUCAUCAAAGCAGACGUACCAAAACCUGGAGGUUCCGGAUCUGAAUCAAUUGUCCAAAUUUAUAUAGAACCUGAUGCAAACGGAGCACCUAAACCAUGCGAAGGCACGGAUGCAAAGACUGUAUCUUGCUGUAAUCAAUCAAAAUUUAAAGUUUUGAGAAAGGCAAUGCCACCUGCAAAAGGGAUUUUUAUAACCCCUGAAAGCUUUAAAGGUGGUUGCCCUAAGGACAAAUAGAUGGAAAAUCUUUGUAUGCCUACUGUCAUGUAACUCAUAGGAAUAUGCUUUCCAAAUAUGUGGUAAAUUGUUAAACCACCAACAUUUCUCUUGCUAUUGAACGCUUGGAUUUCAAAAGAAAAAUGAUUGAUUUUGUAUUGCAGUUCUUUCUGAUCUUCUUUGCUUUUCAGCUUCAAUUCCAUUUCUCUUGUACAUAUGUAAGCUCCCAAGAAAUAAGAAAAUGUUUCCUAGA